UUCACGAGUCACUCAAGUCAGUGAGAAGGUUUCGUUGCUCGGCCAGUCUUGAGUCCACUUAGACUCCCCUCUCACUUUCCAUGCUUCAGCUGUCAACAUCGCGUGGUUCAUCGUAGACCGAAGUACCUUCUAUUCAAGAUUGAGCAUCCAUCCAUUCGUGAAUCCGCCCAGAUAUCCUCCCCAUUGCUCUUUACGUAAGCUCGCGAAUUCUUGUCCGGCGAGAUCGAGCGCAUACAUCCGGUCCUCCUAGGCGAACGCCAUCGCAGCUUGCUCCUUGCUGCUCAAGGCGAUAGGAUGUCAUCGUCCGGCUCCUCACGGCUGGCAGCCGCGAUGGGCAACUCCGCUGGUCGCACAGACUUUCGCACUUCGGCAUCCGCCUCGCCGGAAAAAGAGUCGCGCCCGGGCUCUUCGCUCUCCUCGCAGCUGAAUUCGCGAGGUGCGAAUGGUCUGAAGAAUCUGGACAGGUAUCGAUAUCAAGGAGCGGAGGCUAGCAAGCCUGUGAUUAGUAGCAACGGCGCUCACACUGGCAAACGCUCCAGCCCCAUCAAUGUGGGAGACAGCGAUGACGAUGGGAGCGUGCAGUUCUUGCGCUCACAGUCAAAGGAUGUUCCCCCGCCAGCCAAAAAAGGGCGCUUCAAGCUGGGUGCUAGGCCGCGCGCCGACUCUGCAUCAUCCAGUGGGUCUCCUCAGAAAGCUAUUCCUGACACCAGCACGCCGGAACCAAAUCCUAGGACACAAGAGGUGGCACAACGCGUCUGCAACUUGAUGCGAACCGAGAAUGUAAAGGUCACGCAGGCAGAGGUUUACCGUCUGCUGGUGCAUUACGACAACCCUGCUGCUACUUUGGCCGCAUUGAAGGAAAAGGGAAGGAAGGCUUUGGAAGUGUUGGGCAACUUUGAAGAGGAUAGUGUCGCUUCUCUCGUCAGUGCUGCGGAGAGCGUGGUCAGUAGCAGCGAUCGUAAUGCUGCUACCAGCACCGCACCCAGCAGCCUUGCGCCUUCUCCGCGCUCAGUCGAGCCACCAAAGCGCACCACCAGCUUCGUCUCGCAAUCGCCCCAGAGCACAAGCAGCGCUUCUCGCACUUUCAUGCUCAAGUCGCCAGCUGGGACUAUGAACCACCGCGAAAGAGACAGCGAGAAUGCUCAAGCUAGAGCUAGCUGGUCUCCAAAACCGGCCUCUAGCACUUCUAAAUCCAAGUUACAAACUUAUAGCAAAGCUGGUAAUGCGCAGUCCAAGCGUGCAAUCAGCAUUUCCGACGAUGGCGGGUCAGGCGAUGAUGGGUACAGCGAUGCUGGUGAUGAAGCUAGAGAGCUGAACGCUUUCAAGUACUUUGCAGAUUGCACCAGAGACGAGUUGCUGGAGACCACGGGCUGUAAGCCCCAAGAAGCGGAUAUCAUCCUGUCUUUGAGACCUUUCCACAGUCCCUCUGAUGUUCGUAGAAAGCUUGAAAGCACAAAGGGUGUGCGCCCUGCGCUUUACGACAACUGCGAGGAGCUCAUGGCGUCUUAUCACGCUGUAGACUCGGUAAUCUCUAGAUGCGAGAAUACGGGCAAGAAGCUGCAGAAGGAGAUGGGCUCGUGGGACUCGAAUGGCGGCAAGAACGCGCCCGCGAGCUACCUGAGGAAGCAGCCAGAAGACUUGAAUGAUGGUGUGACGCUCAAGGACUUCCAGCUGCGCGGCGUCAACUGGUUGAAUUUGCUGCACAGGCACAGACUGGGUGGUAUUCUAGCCGACGAAAUGGGCACUGGGAAGACGUGCCAGGUCAUUGCAUUCCUGACGCACGAGCUUGCACAGGAGCGCAAACCACGUACACAUCUCAUCGUGGUACCUUCUUCGGUUCUGGAAAAUUGGCAAAGAGAAUUUCAGCAAUUCGCUCCUCAUCUCGAACCUUUUGUCUACCAUGGUCCUCAAGCGGAGCGUCUGGGCUUCAGGCGAGAACUCAAGGAAGACAAAGAGACGUCCGAAGAGACUGGCGAAGAUCGCGAAUUUCCCGUGGUCUUGACCACAUACGAGACGGUCACCAGCAAGCAAGAUUUCGACUUUUUCCGAAAGUUCAAGUUCGACAUUGCGGUCUACGACGAAGGCCAUGUUCUGAAGAACAGGAAGUCUGCCAAGCACCAACAGCUGCAACGGAUCGGCGCUGAAUGGCGCCUUCUUUUGACAGGCACUCCAUUGCAGAACAAUUUGCAGGAAUUGAUGUCCCUACUCAGCUUUAUCCUUCCCCGCUACUUCGAGCAUGCCCAGUCGGACCUCGAGGGCAUCUUCAAAACGAGCGCCAAUUCGCAGAAUUUACUUUCACGUGAGCGCGUGGAUAGAGCGAAGACGAUGCUGCAGCCCUUUGUUCUGCGGCGUCGAAAAGCAGACGUUCUACCAGAGCUGCCAACUAAGACGGAGCGAGCAGAGCUGGUCGAGAUGACAGACACGCAGCAGAAGCACUGGGCUCGCCUCUUCAAGCGCACCCGAGAGCAAAGGCUUGCUGCGGCUGCCGCCGAUGCCGAGGACAAAGGCGCGGCCGAUACGAAGACUGCUGCGAGAGGGCGUCGUGGAGGCGGGGCCAAGAAGGCAGAAGCGACCAAGCUUGACAGCUCUCAUGUGCUCAUGUCCCUGCGCAAAGCUGCGAACCAUCCGCUCAUGUUUCGGGAAUAUUACGAUCAAGCUCGGAUCGAUAAGCUGGCGCGAGAGUGGAUCAAGGUCCACCCGGACGAGAACAUCCAGCACACAAGGGAAGACUUUGCCGAGAACUCAGACGCUGAGUUGGCAAAUAGCGUUGUAGCGGCGAUUCCGAAGCUACGCGGUGGGCCGCUUGACGUACCAGACUCAGCUUGGCUGGAUUCGGGCAAGAUCAAAGCGAUGGAGCGUCUGAUCCGGGCAGCACAAGCAAAAGGUGAACGCGUCAUCGUCUUCUCCCAAUUCGUGAAGAUGCUGGAUAUCAUUUGUCGCGCGCUCGAUAUCAUGACCAUCAAGUACACGGGCUUCACAGGCAGCACUCAAGUCACAGAGCGGCAAAGUAUUGUGGAUGAAUUCACGCGCAAUCAGGACAUUACGGUGUUUCUACUGUCCACCGGAGCUGGAGGAGUCGGCAUCAAUCUGACAGCUGCAAAUCAUGUCAUCCUGUAUGACUCUGACUUCAAUCCGCAAAAUGAUCGACAAGCUUCUGAUCGAUGCUACCGGAUCGGCCAGCAUCGACCUGUCACAGUGACGCGGCUUAUUAGCAAAGGCACCAUCGAUGAGCACAUCUUGAAGCUAGGCGCCAAGAAGCUGCGUCUAGCUGAUCGGGUGGAGGGUCAAGAAGAUGAUGACAAGCAUUUGAUUCUCGACGAAGGUGGCUCAUCACCCAGCGCUGCUCAGGAGCAGGAGAAUGCGGCAGCGGACGAGGAGAAAAAUACCAACGCGAUCAAGGACCAGCUGUUGAAGGAGCUUUAUGAUAAGGAAGCUUCUUGAUUGAUGUGCCAAGAUUGCAAAGUCUCUCGCGUCGGACCUCAAGCGUUCGCUGCGCCCGCCCCUCUUGCAAGGGGAUCACUUGAGCGCGAAAGGCUUCUGAAUGGGCGUCGCGUCGCGCCACGCACGCACACUACUCCUCUGCAUCACGUAGAAGUCUCACGCAUACUUUUGGCUAUCAGGCGCUCGGAGCACGUACCAAUAUCAUGCUGUUACCUGGG